GUCGCUUUCUGCCGAGCGGAGAAAGUGAAAAGCACAACUUCCGUGUUCCGCCGCAGAUCUCACAGAGACACGAACCCGAGCGAAGGGACACACCUGAGGGGCAGGUAACCUGAAGACAGCGGGUUCGGCCGGGUUCUGACAGGAUUUUUUUCAGGCAGACGAGACAUGACUGAGAUGAGAUGAAAGCAGAUGUUGGUCUACUUCCAGCUACGCAGCCGUGGAGCAGAACCACCACCGCACACCUGGACGUCUGUGGAUGGGGCCCCUGUGAAAAGAUGUUGGAGCCGACCCCUGACCCUCAGCGUCUUGAGGCUCAGUUGAACUUCUUCCAUAAACUGGGAUUCUCCACAGCUCAGGUGAAGGCUGUCCAGAGGAAGUUUGGCACUGACACGGACAAAGUGCUGGGAGAACUGGUUCGGAUUGGAGCCGGUCGGGAGGACAAGCAGGAACCUGUGACCACCGUGUCCGUGCUGGUGCCCAGAAGGGACUCCAAGGCCAGGGCCCCUGAGCUGCUGGUGCCCGUCACAGACUCGUCUUCUCUGAGCAGAGAAUAUAACGGAGAAGAUGGAGAUGCUCUGAGAGCUGUGGUGAUAGACGGCAGCAAUGUGGCCAUGAGCCAUGGUAACAAGGAAGUUUUCUCCUGCCUGGGAAUCCAGCUGGCGGUGAACUUCUUCCUGGACCGAGGUCACACUGAUGUCACCGUGUUUGUUCCGUCAUGGAGAAAAGAGCAGCCUAGACCAGACGUUCCCAUCACAGAUCAGCACAUCCUGAGAGAGCUGGAGAAGAAGAAGAUUCUGGUGUUCACACCAUCCCGCCGAGUUGCAGGAAAACGUGUCGUCUGCAACGACGACUGCUUCAUCGUUAAGCACGCCUUCGAGUCCAACGGCGUCGUCGUGUCCAACGACAUGUACCGGGACCUGCAGGGCGAGAAGCCUGAGUGGAAGCGCUUCAUCGAGGAGAGGCUGCUCAUGUACUCCUUCGUCAAUAACAAAUUUAUGCCUCCUGAUGAUCCUUUGGGUCGACACGGACCAAACCUGGAGAACUUCCUGAGAAAGUUCCCGAGAACUCCGAAAAAACAGGCGUGUCCUUAUGGGAAGAAAUGUACUUAUGGAAACAAAUGUAAAUUCAACCAUCCAGAGAGAGCCAAACAGUCCAACCAGGCCGUGGCUGACGACCUGCGGCAGAACGCCAAGAACCCACCAGGCUCUCAGAAACCAGGCCCGGGUCGCUGUAGACCUGUUCCUGAUCUCAGCCUCGCUCUGAGUCUGGGAGAUGAGACUGGCUCCCUACAGAAACAGGAACACGUAACUGUGGUCAAGGGGACUCAUCGUUCAGGAAAAAAGUCCCAGACCAGGAGGGAGAAGGCUGGCCAACAUUCGGACCAUGCCUCCAAGCGGCACAACGGCUCUCAGGACCAGCUGGACUCUGGUUUGGGCUCCAUAGACAGUCAGCUGGAGGAGAAUGAGUGGAGUCUCCAUAAUCAGAAGUACAAAGCGUCGUGCGGGGCCGUCUCACAUCAGUUCUGCUCCCCAGGUAGUUCAGCCUGCAGCUGCUGUUCGCACGGUUCUUUCCAGCCCAACAGGAUGGUCCAGUUGAGCAGCCGCAGCGCAGAUCUGACCCCUCACAGCCUGCCUUACCAUCCCAGCUGUGACCCGAUCCCAGUCAACAGGUCUGCAUACAGUCAGCUCGCAGACUUCCGCCACAGGGGAGUCCAAACCUAUGAGCACCUUUCACACUGGUCCGACCCGUUCAGCGCUCACCUUCCAGAGGCCCACGGCCAGCUGGGCAAACGUGCUCCAUGGGAGGUCGCUCCGAGUUCGGCACAGAGGCAAGUUGUCCGUAAGAAGCUUCUGGCCAUCUUCAGCACCCAGCUGGUGGACAAGGCCAUGGACCUGUUCCCUCAGGUGCUGGACCCACAGGUGUUGGUGGCAGAGAUCCUGAUUCUCCAGAGUCAGAACUGGUCCCUGAGAUGAGUCCAGCCCAGCUGGAACGUUUCGUCCCUCAGACCAACAUGAGUUGGUGUGUUUUGGUACAGUGGUAUCCACCUGGGAAUAAACCGUCUCUGCAUCCCAGAAUCGGGUCAGGGACCCGGCGCUAUGUAUCUGAUACAAAUUGUAUCUUAAUUUUGUUUUUUAAUUUAAACUUGGAUUAAAGUAACGAAAUGGGACAAACCACAUCCCAUUUAUCCAGACAGCAUUACUGCUUUUUAUCAUUUAGUUCUCAUUCAAACAGAAACACUGACCCAAAACAAGCUGCGGUUCAGACCCGCUCAGAGUCCACUUAGUUAAGUGAAUCAAACUGGAUCUAGAAACAUCUGUCAUAUUAGCAUCAUGUGUCAUGGUUCUGUUCUGUUGAAAUAAGUGAAUUAAACCUGUAAUCUGUCCUUCA